AGAGCUCUUUGUGCAUCUAGAGCACACAGACAAACAACUAUGGCUAGUGCUAAAUCAAUGGCUUCUCUCCUCGGGAUCUCUUCUCUCUUACUACUAGCUUUUUGCUUUUGCACCACUGAAGCACAAAGCAGACCACCUAUAGUGAAUGGUCUAUCAUGGACAUUCUACAGAUCUAGCUGUCCUAAACUUGAGUUCAUUGUCAGGAAAGAGCUCCAGAAAAUCUUCAGGAAGGACAUUGGUCAAGCUGCUGGCCUGCUUCGUCUCCACUUCCACGACUGCUUUGUUAUGGGAUGCGAUGGAUCAGUGUUGCUGGAUGGAUCAGCAGGUGGGCCAAGUGAGAAAUCUGAGCUUCCUAACUUAUCUUUGAGAAAAGAGUCUUUCAAAAUCGUCGAUGAUCUCCGAGCGCGUGUUCAUAGGCGGUGUGGCCGUGUGGUCUCUUGCUCCGAUAUUGUUGCAGUCGCUGCUCGUGAUUCUGUUUUCUUGACAGGUGGACCUGACUAUAAUGUCCCACUAGGAAGGCGAGAUGGAGUAAAAUUUGCAGAAACAAAUGCAACUUUUGAACAUCUAGUUGCACCUUUUGCUAACACGACAACAAUUCUUGACAAGCUUGCAAGAAAAGGGCUUGAUGCCACUGACGCAGUGGCACUAUCAGGCGGCCACACUAUUGGCAUUAGCCACUGCACAUCCUUCACCGACCGGCUAUACCCAUCACAGGAUCCCACUCUGGACAAUACUUUUGCUAAUGGUCUGAAGCAGACGUGCCCACAAGCAGAAACACAUAAUACCACAGUCUUGGACAUCAGGUCUCCUAACAUAUUUGUUAAUAAGUACUAUGUAGACCUCAUAAACCGUCAGGGUCUGUUUACAUCCGACCAAGAUUUGUACACGGAUGCAAGGACAAGGGCCAUUGUUACUAGCUUUGCUGCUAACGAAACUUUGUUCUUUCAGAAGUUCGUGCUUUCCAUGAUCAGAAUGGGGCAAAUGGAUGUGCUGACAGGCAAUCAAGGGGAGAUUCGUGCCAAUUGCUCCGCGAGAAAUUCUGAUAGCAAAUAUCUGGUGUCUGUUGCAGAAGAGAAUCUGGGUUCAUCUUCUGAAAUGAGAUAAAGCUGCUAAUGCUAGUUUGUGACUUUUUUUUUCCUUUUCCUGGUUGAGGCACUUUUUGAGUUAUCUACUCUUUUUGCUUGUUAAUAGAAGUGGUCUCUUGAACGAAUAAUUACAAGUGUAGACCUAUCUAUCAUCAUUUCUAGUUUGCUUUUGGUUUUGUUUAAGUAACUUAGUCUGUUUAAUGUUGUGAAGCUCCUAAGGUUGGCAUCUUUAUUAUUCUUACCA